CAUCAACAAACUCUCUCUUCCAAUUCCAAAAAUUCCCGAUUCGUUUUAUUCUUGGAAAUGGAAUAUUACAAUUGUGAUGAGACCAGAGGGAUUGCGAAGGUGAAGUGGCAGAGGAGAGGGAGGCGCGGCGGACGGCACGGCGGCGGCGGCGGCAGCUCCGUCCACAUGAAGUUGAGAAAGCUGCAGCGGCUCAUCCCCGGAGGACGGAGGCUGAAACCGGACCGGCUAUUCUUAAAAACGGCGGAUUAUAUUAUGCAAUUGAGGUCUCAAGUUCAUGUUCUGCAAGCGCUUUCCAAGAUCUAUGACCCCCAACUUUCUUGAUAUUGAUCUCUCUCAGAAUUAAUUCGCUUUUUGGCCCCAUACAUAUCAUAUAUGGGAUUAUUAGAAAUUACUGUUGUUCACUUUGAGCAUUGAUUAUAAACUCACGAUCAUUUUCUAAA